GGCCUUUGUGCUGCAGCGGGGGUGGGAGGGACAGAGGGCCAGGACAGUGCUGGGGUGGCCUUUUCCCUGCAAUAGGGUGGAGAGGGAUAUGAAACGAAGACAUUUAGCAGGGCAGAGGUUGUGUUGUGUCUUAAUUCCUAAUAAGGCCAACAGGGAGGGAGGCUCAGCCACAUGCUUCCCCCCUGUUCAGGUCAGUUGUUCUUUUAGUUAAGGCUAGCAAGAUCCAGCAGGAAGCCCGUUGCCAAAUACAUGAGCUGCAGCUCUGGAGCAGCUGCUGCCCUUUGCCCUGCUGUUUGGAGAGCCAUGACUCAUCAGGGGGAUGGCCUGGAAAGUUUACACAGGGUUAUGCUGCCUUUCCCUUUUCACCUCCAUGGGGUGCGGAGCUCAGCCAGGAAGGUAGAAGUGCCAGCCUCAUGUAGCUUGAGGUGUGCGUGUGGGGGCGAGGAGGAGGGAGGUUGCUCCCUGUGCGCUCUACCACCUUUAGCAUGGGGAAUGCGUCUGCCCCAAGGCUCAGCCUCUGAUUCCCCCAUACCCCUGUCUGCCUGGGAAUAUCUUUGCUAGGAACUUGCUCCCCAUACCCCCAAACCAGGGUGAGUGGGUGGGUCAGCAGGGUCUGUGUAUGUGUCUGAUUCCCACCUCCCUCAUUAUCCAGCUUGAGGGAGGCUGUGAAACUCUGGGUAUUCAAGGACCUGCACUGUCAUGUCCCAUCUGCUGGGCUGGGGGAGCUGGAAGCAUGAAGCAGCCACUCAGCAAGUAGAGGGCUUUCUCCUAUGGUGGCAAGGAGCCUCCCCUGCCCAUCUGCUGCUGGCUGUUUCAAGACACCCCACCAUCAUGUCUGCAAACAACCGGUAUCUUUCAGCCUUUGCUGACCCCUGGAUUCCUCCCCCCUGUUAAGUACCUCUGGGCUUCUCACCUUACUAGGGCCCUUUGCAUUAUUUCUUUGUCCUCUGGCAUUCACCACUCCUUCCGACUCAGUCUCUGAAUUGUACUGAUGUGCCCUUCCAAUUGAAGUUAAAUUAAUCCAAUCAUAACCGCGAUCUCUGUGCUCCCCACUAAACCUCGCCCCCAACUCAAUACAUCCCUUUUAGCUUUCUCCUUUGUAGCCUGUUUUCAAUCCACAGCAGAGUUUCUCCAAUGAACUAAGUUUUCAAGUAAGAUUUCGUGAGCUACAGUUUCAGUCCCAAAUAUGUGAGCCCUACUGCACUCCAUCCAUCCACCAACAUUGUCACUCUGCCAGCGAGAGCCACCUGGGCUGGCAAGCAAGACUUUUAUUCUUCCUGACUGCCCCCAGGCUGCCUGUUGCUCAUGGCUCCAUUUGAGGUGUUGGUGUUGUGGGAUUUUUUUCUCCCCGUUUGUUAUGUUGUUUUGGUAGGGUUGGGUUAGAUGCAGGUCCUGUGUCUCAGUUCCUAGGAUCUGCAAUGAGAAGGAGGGGGUGGGCAUUUUCCAGACUGGUCAUGCAAUCAUCUUUUUUGAAUUUGAUAUGACCAAGGGAGCCAUUUGUCAUGUUACCACAGCAACUUGCAGACUCCUUGACCCAUGCAGCUGGGAGGUGGGGCUUUGUGGUGGUACUGUCUGGGGUAAGACGCAUCUUUGUCAGAGGAUCUGCACAACCGAACUCUCUCAGCUCCUGGCACCCUGCUGAUGACAGCGUCCAACUGCUGCUCCACUGAUGUAUCAUGAUGGCAGCAAACAAGAGCCAGAAAAUGCAGAAUGGAAGCACAGAGAUUGUCCCACUCACCUCCUUUCUGUUCUAUUCGGGGUCUUAUACCUCACCCACCACUAUGGAGACAGGAUGUGCCAGAGCCUCAGGGAGAACGUGCUGCAGAGGGUCUUGCAGCUGCCAGUGGUGAACGCAACCUGCGAAAGCCUUCAGAGGACGUACACCAGCACCAAAGAGGUACACCCACUCGUGGCAUCGGUGUGUGAGGCCUAUGAGAGAGGAGUCAAGGGGGCCAGCUCGCUGGCUGUGUGGAGCAUGGAGCCUGUGGUGCGCAGACUGGAGCCGCAGUUCACAGCUGCCAACAUGCUGGCCUGUAGGGGCUUGGAUCACCUGGAGGAGAAGAUCCCUGCGCUCCAGUACCCAGUGGAGAAAAUUGCAUCUGAAUUGAAGGGCUCCAUCUCCACCCCCAUUCAAAGUGCCAGGAGCACCAUUGGCAACUCCAUAGCUGGCACCUUGGACAGGGUCUUGGGGCUGACUGCUGAGGGUUAUGAGCUGACCAAGAGCACAGUAAGAAGCACAGCAGAAUACACCUGGAGCAACCGGGUUAGCCAGAUGGCAGCUGCUGGGGUAGACGGAGCCCUGGGACAGCUAGAGAAGCUGGUGGAGCUUCUCCUGCCAGAAGAGGAGCAUGAGCCAGCUCAUGAGCCCACAAGGGUGCAUGGAUCUGAAGUGACGCCCUCCCAGCCACAGCCUGGCACCUUCACCAGGAUCGGGGCUUUGGCCAGCACCAUCUCCCACCGCGCCUACCAGCAGACAGCCAGAACCAUCCAGCGCACUAGAGCCAGAGGGCAGGAGCUGACCACAUGGAUUCCAGGCUUGGGUGCUGUGGCCAGGCAGAGCACAGCCAAGGCCCAGCAGGUCUUGUAUGAUGUGCAGAAUGCAGCAGCUGGUUGGCUGAACAAGGAGCAAAUUAAGGAGCCAGAACAGGAGCAAGAGAAGGAGGAGCUGAAGAAAGAAGAAACCAAAGCAAGUGAGAUGGCUGAGGGUGCCAAGACUCCAGGCCUCCUGGGCAGCAUGGCCCAGAGCCUACAAACUGCCUAUCUCUCCACCAUCUCCAACAUGAAGAGGGUCCCCUCUGCUGCCUGGGGGACAGCUGGGGAGCUGCUCCAACUCACCCCCCGCAAGGCAGCUUUCAUAGCCAGAGAGAAGGUGGGCACUCUGGGGGAUGCCCUGCGCAGCGUUACUGGGAGCAUGGUGGAGACCCUUUCCCACUACGUGCCGCUCCCCAGGCUGCUGGCAAAGAAAGAGGAGCCGGCACAUGAGAAGGAGCCCCCUGCUGAGUCACAACAAAGUCAGGAGGGCUCCAGGCCUGUGGCUCCCCCAUACCCGGAGAAAUCCCAGCUGCGAGGAGACUGGCGAGCCAACCGAGCUCACCAUCCCCUCUCCUUCCUGGGGCUGGAGGAUCCCUUCUUCCUGCAGCCGAGCUCCAUCCAGCGCCAGGCUCCACAGCGGAGUCCAACCUUCGAGCCCGACUACCCCAUGUCCCGCAAAUCUGCCUUCUUCCCCUACAGGGAGGGGCGCAGCACCAGGAGGGUGAGCAAAAAUUCAUACCGCUACAGCCCGGAGCCUGUGUACACGAGGGCUAACUAUAGCAACCUCUACACCAUGGCCUUCCAGAAGAACUGAGCGGGGGCGGGGGCCGGAGCUCCCUCCCUCCCUGCUUCACACAUACCAGCCUGCACCUGCUGCCUUUAGCACCUUGUCAAGCAUCAUGCUGUUGGUUUCAGUAUUAGGACCCUCAGGAGUUAAUCUCAAAGCAGUGCUCCCUCUGCACAGCCCCGGCACAGACAAAGGGAGAGGGACAGGGACUUCUUCACCUCUGGCACCAGGGUCAAGUGCAGCUUGAGGCCAGGAGUGAAAUGAGUUUGACGGUCCCAGCUCAUUCCCUUUUCCAGCAGGCUGGGUCGUUCAGGCCUGUUUCUGAGUGUCUGCCCAGAAAGGAGCUGGCACGGAGACUAAGACUGACUUGAGGCCCUGCUUAGUGGGGAGGCCUGCCAUGCAGUAUUACUAUGGUCAUGGGGGUAAAACGAGGGCAGGGUUGCAGUUUGUGACACUGUCCAUCCCUCCAAGGUGACCCCACGGAGAAAGAAAUGGGGUUGUGCCCUGUUGGCUUCUUUCUGAAGAGAGGUCACAGAGGGUCCUUAGUCUCUAAUUCUGCUGGUAUUUUACAGCAGCCGUAUCAGGAAUGUCAGGUCUGGUCUGUGCUGAUUUUACUAGCGGAGCCACUGGGGCUUUUGUAUUAUCCUUCUCAGCCCUCAGUUGAAGGGACAAAGUGCUGAAUCCUUAGCAAAGAUGGCCUUUCUCCACCAGGUUCACUGCUCCCUGUAGUUACAUGGCUUGCAAUAUGUGUCAUUCUGGGUUGCUUUUAUCCCCCACACUGCCUUGUGAGGCAGAUGGAAUUAGCAAGCCCUAGUGUGGGGUGGGGGGCAAUUUCACCCUUCUUGCCUGUGAUGGGUUGAAUGGCAGCGACACAAUAAGAGAGUGUUUCCUGAGUGGGAAUGUGAGGACUGGAAGCAGGAAAAUGAAGGAAGAAGCAGGCUCUAAUGUGAGGGAGAGGGAGCAGAGAGAAGAGGAGAAGGAGGGGGAAAAGGGAGCAUAGAGGAGAGAAAAAGGGGCAGGG